CCUGGCUGGCAGCGCAGAGGCUGCAGGAUGCCUGGAGUUACUCUAAAAGAUGUGGACCAGCAGGAGUUCGUCAGAGCUCUGGCAGCAUUUCUCAAAAAGUCUGGGCAGCUGAAAGUCCCCAAAUGGGUGGCCAAGCAUAAAGAGCUUGCUCUCUGUGAUGAGAACUGGUUCUACACACGAGCUGCUUCCACAGCGCGGCACCUGUACCUCCGGGGUGGCGCUGGGGUUGGCUCCAUGACCAAGAUCGAUGGGGGACAUCAAAGAAAUGGCGUCAUGCCCAGCCACUUCAGUCGAGGCUCCAAGAGCGUGGCCCACCAGGUCCUCCAAGCCCUGGAGGGGCUGAAAAUGGUGGAAAAGGGCCAAGAUGGGGGCCACAAACUGACACCUCAGGGACAGAGAGAUGUGGACAGAAUCACCGGAGAGGUGGCAGCUGACAACAAGAAGCAUUAGAACAAACCAUGCUAGGUUAAUAAA